AUGAUGGAUUACAACUACAAAAGGACUGCCAAAGAUAUUGGUUGGAAAGUGAACAAUGUUACUGGCGAUGAUCUGAAAAGAUUUCCUAUUGAGAGAGCAAGAUCUCGAGGGAGUUAUUGGCUACUCAUGAUAUCAACAGCAACACUGGUGGGAUAUGGAUGGGCGGUCGCCAAACAUGCCCAUGUUUCUGUUUUACUGAUAUUAGAAUUCAUACAAGGGUUUUGGGGCACUUGCUUUCACACGAUAUACAACACACUCCUGGUAGAUGUAAGCCCCAUCUAUUCGAAGACGAAGACCCUCUUAUUGAAGUUUCCAGAGCUGAGACACAGUCGUUUCCUUCACUGUCGCCGUAUAUUCAGACAUCUUCUACCCCUUACACAAUUAAAGAAGCAUACUGAUUUGGAGAGCCUGUGAACUAGGUCUACUCAGAGAGCCCAAGCACCGCAGCAGCUACAGCAAGUACCACUAGAAGUGCAAUGGCCGCAGCGGGAGUUGCCGUGUUGCAACCUUUGCUCAAUGCGCUUGGGCGAGGUUGGUAUUUUACCAUUCUUGGUUUAUGGAGUGGUGGGUUUGGGGUAAUCGCAGUGUGGUUACUUCGGUGGCGAGGAAUGGAAUGGAGAAAGAAUAGAAUGAGCAAGACGGUCCAAGAGCCAGUGCAAACGGAAGCCAAAUCUGACCACGCACUUGAGUCUGGAGCUGAAUUAUCAAAAUAAAUGAAGACCCUUACUUAAGUAUGAGCUUGAAGAGGAUUGUUGUUUUAACGGCGUUUGAGUAGCUUCUUGAGAGAACUAUGGAAGCGGUGAGAGUGUAUGGUCAGCGAAAGAAAAUUUGGGAGGCACAUUUAUUGUUGCAAUUCUUACUUUUCUAAACACUUUCUUUCAAUACACAACCAACUUCAAAAGUGCUUUUUGUUACCG